AUGAAAUUAUACACCCAUAAAAUAAAUAGAAUUGUAGAUGGGUAUUUAGACAAUUUAAAUAAAUUUGGUUUAAACUAUAUGUUUGAGCAAGAUUUAAUUAAAAUUACUUUAGAUCUUGGAAUACCAAAUAAUAAUAUUAAAUUUUAUAAUUUAAAUAAUAGUAAUAGUAAUAGUAAUAAUAAUAAUAAUAAUAAUAAUAAUAAUAAUAAUAAUAAUAAUAAUAAUAAUAAUAAUAAUAAUAAUAAUAAUAAUAAUAAUAGUAAUAAUAGUAAUAAUAUAAAUAAUAAAAAUGAUAUACUAUAUAAUAUAAUUAUUGAAGAGAAAAUCGAUUUAAUAAUAUUUUAUAAAUCAAUAUUUUCUGAAAAUGCGAAUAAUAUAUCGAAAACAUUUAACAAUUUAACAACAAUAAUAAUAAAUGAUAAUAUAAUCAGUAAUACAAACAAUAAUAAUAAUAAUAAUAAUAAAUUUUAUGAAAUAAACUACCCAUUCAAAAUUUCAACACUUUUAAGUGGAUAUAUUUCUGGAUUAAUUAGUGAAACGAAUAUAAUAGGAUAUUUAAAAACCAAUAAAAUCCAAGAUCAAACACUAUUGGAUACAUUUUAUUUUGGAGCAAGAUUAUCGAAUCCAAUGGUUAAAUUAAUGUUUUACACCAUUGAUUAUGAUUUUAAAAAUGCUUCAAAUAAUAAUUUCCCAUUUCAAGAAAUUAUUGAAUUAUCAGUAUCAUCAUUAUUAAAGAAUGGUGUUGAUUUAAUUUCAUCAUCAUUUGAAAAUAAUGAAUAUUUAACAUUUUGUAAUAUACUUUUAAAACAAAAUAUAAAAAUUAUUGGUUCCAAUGGUUUCUUAAUUUCACCACCAUUAAAUAAAGAUCAUGUUUUAUUUAAUUCAGUUUAUAAUUUAACUUUAUAUAUUUUACCAAUAAUUUCGAAUUUAAUUAAUAAUACAAAUACAAAUAAUAAUAAUAAUACAAAUAAUAACGAAUCAACCAAUUCACAAUUUAAUAUUAAUUUAAUUUUUAACCCAUCAAUUUCAAAUUUAAUAAUUAAUAAUAUUAAUUCAAAUUUAUCAAUGAUAGAAAAUCAAAUUUUAAAUGAUACAAAUAUAAUUUUAACAAAUCAAUUAAAUAAUGAAAGUAUAAUUGAUUUAGGUAUUAUAAGUGGUUAUAUAUUAUUUAAACCAAUUUCAAAAACAAUUGAAUAUGGUAUAACAAUAGUUUCAAGUAUUUUAAUUGGUGCAUUAAUUAUAAUACAAAUUUGUAUUAUUAAAUAUAAAAAUAAACCAUCAUUUAAAUCAGCAAGUCCAACUUUUUUAAUAUUUAUAGUGAUUGGAGGGAUAUUUGUAUAUAUUGGAGUAAUUAUUUGGGUUAGUGGUGUAAAUGUAUUCACAUGUAAUGCAAAAUUUUGGUUAAUUUCAUUAGGUCUUACAACGAUGAUUGGUGGUAUUGUGGUAAAGAAUUUUAGAAUUUGGUUAAUUUUUGAUAAUCCAAAACUUUAUCAUAUUAAAAUCACCAAUCUUCAAUUACUUCCAUGGGUACUUGGAAUGUUUUUAUUAAAUGUUUUCCUAUUAUCAUUGAUUACAGGUCUUGGAAAAUUAACACCAUUUAAAGUUUUCCCUAAUGAUGAAAAGUUUUCAUCAUAUGAAAUACAAUGUGAAAUGAUGGAUGGUGGUUUAAUUGCGUUAUACUUUUUAUUAGGUUAUUUUGCAAUAAUUGUAAUGAUUGGUAUUUUUGUAUCUUGGAAAAUUAGAAUAGUCGAUAUUGAAGAAUUUAAUGAAUCCAAAUCAGUUGCCUACAGUUUAUAUUCUAUUGUAUUUUGUCUUUUAAUAAUUGCACCUCUAACCAUUUCAAAAACUGGUCACAAUACUGAAAUACUUUGCUCAGGUUUUAUAUUCAUCGUUGCGGCUAUAAUUACAAUAAUGUUCAUUCCAAAAUUCUGGGCUUUAAAAAUUUAUGGUGCUGAAGGUUCAAAUGAAAUAUUUAGACAAUCUUCAUCAUCAACUUCUAAAAGAAAAAAUAAAUCUUCAACAACUAAUGACCCAACAAAUUUAGAUUCAAUUUCUAAAAAGAGUUCUAAAAAUGCUCCAAAAAGAGUCAACCUUUUCCUUUAUGACUUUACUGAUGAUGAUGAAGAAAGUAAACAAUCAUCCUCCUCCUCAAAAGGUGAUACCAUUGAAUGUAUGGAUGUUUUUACUUUUAUUGAAUCAGUUCAACCAAAUUCUGAAGCUGCAAAUGAAAUGACUUAUAAUGAUGAUCCAACUUAUACAGAACCAAGUGAACAACCAACUUAUACAGAAUCAAGUGAACAACCAAAUCCAACUCCUCGUACUUUAACUGCAACUCCUCGUACAAAUGAUUUAACAACUCCUCGUACAAAUGAUUUAACAACUCCUCGUACAAAUGAUUUAAUAACUCCACGUACAAAUGAUUUAAGUACUCCACGUACAAAUGAUUUAAAUACUCCACGUACUGAUGGAAUUUUAACACCACGUUCAAUUAAUUCAUUAGCUACACCACGAGUUGAAGAACCAAUGUCACCAAGACAAUAUCAUAAUAUGAUGAUAACACUAUCUCCAAUUUUAGAAGAAGAAAACAUUGUUGUAGUUGAAAAAGAUGAAGUUAUUGAAAAUUCAGAUUCUGAAUCUGAAAGUAGUGAUUCAAAUUCUGAUUCUAUCAUUCAAUAA